AUGACGACGCCGCAAGCCAAGCCGCCGCGCACCAUCUAUCAGAAGAUUUUUGAUGCACAUCUCAUCUCGGAAGAGGAAGAUGGUACGUGUCUUAUCUACAUCGACCGUCAUCUCGUGCACGAAGUCACAUCCCCACAAGCGUUCGAGGGCCUGCGCCUGGCAGGUCGGCCAGUGCGCCGAACGGACUGCACGCUCGCGACCGUCGACCACAACAUCCCCACGGUGAGCCGCGAUCAUUUCAAGAACACCGAAACAUUCGUGCAGGAGAGCGACUCGCGUCUCCAGUGCAUUACGCUCGAGCAAAACGUCAAGGAGUUUGGCCUCACGUUCUUUGGUCUCACAGACAGCCGCCAGGGCAUUGUGCACGUCAUCGGCCCCGAACAGGGAUUCACAGUGCCCGGUGCUACGCUUGUUUGUGGUGACUCGCACACGUCCACGCACGGUGCCUUUGGCGUGCUUGCCUUCGGUAUUGGCACGUCCGAGGUCGAGCAUGUGCUAGCCACGCAGACGCUGCUCCAGAAGCGCAUGAAAAACAUCCUUAUCGAAGUGAAUGGCGAUCUCCCAGAAGGUGUCACAAGCAAGGACAUUAUGCUGCACAUCAUCGGCCUUAUUGGUACCGCAGGCGGUACCGGCGGUGUGCUGGAAUUCGCCGGAUCUACCAUUCGCCGCCUGUCCAUGGAGGCGCGCAUGAGUAUGUGCAACAUGAGUAUCGAGGCCGGCGCGCGUGCAGGACUCGUUGCGCCGGAUGAGAUGACGCUAGACUACCUGCGCGGCCGUCCGCUCGUGCCCAAGGGCGAAGAAUGGGACCGCGCCGCAGCGCACUGGCUCUCACUCGCGAGUGACCCGGGCGCCCAGUACGACAAGGUCGUGAAAAUUGAUGCCCAGGACAUUCCGCCGACCGUGACGUGGGGCACGAGUCCUCAAGACACCGUGUCCAUCACCGGUCAGGUGCCUGAUCCAGCCAAGGCUCCGAGCGAGGAACUCGCGAGCGAAUGGACACACUCGCUCAAGUACAUGGGUCUCGAGCCUAACACGCCCAUCGAGCAAAUCAAGAUUGACAAGGUGUUCAUCGGCUCGUGCACCAACUCGCGCAUUGAGGACCUGCGCGCUGCCGCGCGGAUCCUCCACGGCCGCAAGGUGGCGCCCCACGUCCAGGCCAUGCUCGUACCUGGCUCCGGUCUCGUGAAAAGGCAGGCCGAAGCAGAGGGCCUUGAUGCCGUGUUCAAGUCCGCAGGAUUUGACUGGCGCGAAGCAGGCUGCUCCAUGUGCCUCGGAAUGAACCCAGAUCAGCUGUCGCCGGGCGAGCGAUGUGCGUCUACAUCGAACCGCAACUUUGAGGGCCGACAGGGCGCAGGUGGUCGGACUCAUCUCAUGAGUCCAGCCAUGGCCGCCGCUGCGGCCGUGACCGGAUACCUAACCGAUGUGCGCAAGCUUAUGAAGGGACAGUUGCCCGGCUUCCCAGCUACCUCCUCGCAGUUCGACGCGACACCCAAGGAUCCACGCGCCUUUAUCGAGGAAGGCAUCCUGCACGCACCCGUCGUCUCGGCGCCUCCGCCCGUGAUGCACCACGCACCCGUAGCUUCUGCUGCUACGGCCAAACACCCGGAUGCGAGUGCUCAGGGCAUGCCGGCCUUCCGUGUGCUCAAAGGCAUUGCUGCGCCCAUGGAGCGCUCCAAUGUCAACACCGACGUGAUUAUUCCCAAGCAGUUCCUGAAAACCAUCAAGCGUACAGGUCUCGGUUCGGCACUGUUUUGGCCAUUGCGGUACGACGUGCAAACAAACGAGCCGAACCACGACUUUGUGCUCAACAAGGAGCCAUACACGCACGCCAAGAUUCUCGUGGUCGCCGGCAGCAACUUUGGCUGCGGCUCGUCGCGUGAGCAUGCACCUUGGUCGCUCCUCGACUUUGGUAUCCGCGCCGUGAUUGCGGAGAGCUUUGCCGACAUUUUCCGCAACAAUAUGACCAAGAACGGCCAGCUGCCCGUCGUGCUCGAGCCGGAACAAAUCCAGCGUGUGCUGAAGGAUGCGCAAGCCGGCAAGGAGGUGACGGUGGACCUCGAGCAGCAAAAGGUGAUUUGUGAGGACGGCACGGCGUUUGGCUUCCAAGUCGCGCCAUUCACACGCCACUGCCUGCUGCACGGUCUAGACGAUAUCGCGCUCACGCUGCAAAAAGAAAAGGACAUUUCCGCCUUUGAGCAGCAGCGCCACGAUACGCCAUGGCUCAAUGGUGUCGUAUACGGCAAAGGUAUUUCAGCCGCCGAAGCACGUAUGGCCAAGUCUACCACGGAUUGGUAA